AUGGCGGCUAUCAGCGAGCAGUGGCCGGAGAUCGAGAAGGCGGAGAAGGAGAAGCGCCGCGAGCUGGUGUUCCAGGGUCCGGCUGUGGAUGACAAGCUGCGGGCGUGCGGCGGCCAGCUCCCCCCGGCUCUGUUCAGCCUCUCCCUCCUUAACUACCUGGAGGUGAGCGGGUGCCCGGAGCUGCGGGAGCUGGGUGACGGCGUGGGGCGGCUCUCCCACGUGCAGAGCCUGGUGCUGUGCCGCAAUAAGCUGCAGAGGAUCCCCCCGGCCCUGGGCGAGCUCAGAGCCCUGCGGGUCCUCGAUGUGUCCGGGAACGAGCUGGAGGAGCUGCCGGCGGAGAUCGCUCAGCUGUCCGACCUCUGCACCCUGAAUGUCAGCUGCAACCGGCUGCGGGAGCUCCCUGCCGGGCUGGAGCGAUGUACUAAGAUCGCCGGGCUCAACCUGUCUAAGAACUGCAUCACCGAAUUCCCUCCCGGGUUCCUGUGCUCCCAGCUGGCCCUGCUGGCCUCUAUAUCGGCUGCAGACAACCGAAUCCAGGAGCUGGGGGAGGAGAUCGGCCUCCUGCAAGGGCUAAAGGUACCGGCCACUUACCGCAGCCAGUGACUUACAAACAGCAGCUAACCAGCUGUGGCCUGAUUCAUGUCACCUCCCCUGGAAAAUGAGUAUUUCAUAAAGAUUAUAUUUCAUAAAGAUAGAAACUUUUUAUAAAAUACUCAUUUUGAAGAAAGUAAAUCUCACCUUUACCUGCGCGACCGGACACUAGACCCCCAGACGGUGACAGCGCCGCUAUAGAACUCUAACCACCAUAAUCACUAAAACCCACAGUAGUGGUUAUGAUGUGAGAAGUAUUUUGGCGCUGUUCCUCAGUUUUACAAUGGUUUUACUACUUGUAGGGAUUCUCUAGUGCCAGGAAAACAAACUUGUUUUCCUGGCUCUAGAAAAUCCUUGCUUGCCCCCCAUUCCACGCCGCUGAAGGGGUUAAAACCCCCUUCUGACACUUACCUGAAUCCGGCGCCGGCAGGGGAGAUAUAAUGCGUGGCUAUGGUCACGCACGUAUUAGUCACCCCAUAGGAAAACAUUAUCCAAUUAUUUCCCAUGGGGAUUCCGGCGAUAGGGUGACAACGACCAAAAGUAGUCUAUGAAGCUGUAAGUCCCUCUAGUGGCUGUCUGGUAGACAGCCACUAGAGGACUUAACCCUGCAAGGUAAUUAUUGCAGUUUAUGAAAACCAGCUUAAGGAUGAUGGGAAUUGGCACCCAGACCACUUCAAUGAGCUGAAGUGGUCUGGGUGUCUACAGUGUCCCUUUAACUGGUAGUCAGGCACCAGGUCUCUUUUGAAGCACUGUUUGUGAAGCUGAAUGCUGAUCCUGCCAUUCAUUUAUUAGCUGAGAGUGGCAACUCUCAGCCAAUGAAUGAGAUCCUGUGGAUCGAAAUCUGUACAGGGUGGCUAAUGACACUGCCAGAAGUGGAGUUGCGCCUCCAGCAGCAAAGUGGUUAAGCUCUGCAUGUGCAGUGUUCCAAAGUGAAACAUACAGACUGCUGGUACCAUGACCACUUCAAAUCACUUUAGUGAUUGCAGAGCAUGCAUGUGUAUCAGUUUUGUUCAGCUUGGUUAUUGAGCCUAAAUUUCGCAAUUUGUAUUUACAUUAAAGCCCAGUGAAUUCUGACUUACACUGUAUAUUUUUGCACAACUCUUCGUAGGUGUUUAGCAAACUCUGCCCUGUGUAAGAUACAAUAAAACUAUCAGUCGCUUUAGCUUUUAUUUGUAUUUUCAGAGUCUGGAUCUCUCCAACAACCAACUCACUGACAUCCCUUGUGAGUUGGCAGAUUGCAGUAAGUUGAAAGAAAUAAACUUCACGGGCAACAAGCUUAAAGACAAACGCUUGGAAAAGAUGGUAAAUGGCUGUCAAACAAAGUCUGUAUUGGAUUAUCUACGGGUUGGAGGACGUGGAGGAGGAAAAGGAAAAAAGACAGAAAAUGCUGUAAAGGAAGACGUGAAAGACAAAAAGAAAAAGCGAGAGCGUAAACCAAAGAAAGAUAACGGAGGAGAUGAAGAUGACCCUGAUGAAGAGUUGAAUAAAAUGAUGCUAAAAAUCCUGCAUAUUUCAGAGAACUCAUCGCCACUCAUUGUAAAAGCAAGUGCCAGCACAAAGGACGUUCGGCAAUACAUCGUGUGCUGUGUGGUCAGAGGAAUGAACUUGAAACCUGGCAAUGCUCUAAAACGGUUCCUAGCUGCACAGGUAAUUCUUGUAGACCUAUAG